ACUGGAUUUCGGUGGAAUUUAAAAUCGCUAUUUUAUUAAAAUAAAUUGUAAAUUUGUAAAUAUUACGGCUCGGUUGUAAUGUGAUGAACGAAAAUAAUAAUUGGUUACGUAAACAUCAGUUUGAAACAGAACUGUUAUAUUAAAUUACUGAACGAUGGGGGAUGAACAAAAUAAUGAUUUUGAAAUGCUUAAAGCAUUGUACGACUUUGACGCCACAUUAGCUAAAACUAUAAGUUUUACUGAAGGGGAAUAUUUUUAUCUUUAUCAAACAAAUACAAAACAGAGGAAUUGGUGGCAUGUAAUUAAUACAAACGGCCAAGUCGGAUUUGUUCCCUCAAACUAUGUUUCCGUAGUCAAGGUAAAACCGGAAUACUUCUUAAAUUUUCUUAAUGAAUGCAUUAGAAAUUUAAGUGAAAAUAGUACUUUAGAACAGAAAGAAGAAAUUAUAUUCAUGCUAAAUGAGAAGAAAAAGCAAGUGCAAUCACUAGCAAAACCUUAUAAGAAACCACAAGCCCCAAAGCCUCCACCUCGGCUAGAUGACCACACUCCCCCAAAUGGAGUGUCACCUUGUUUUGAUCUACGACCUAUUGUAUCCCAACAAAAUAUAUCUGAAGAAAGGGAUUCACCUACAAAAUCUUUAAAUAGCAGUGUUUCCAAAGAUGAGAAGAAGAAGGAGUUGGGAAACUUGAGUACAUCUAAUAAAGUAUCAUCAGACACUGAUAAUCAAGAUGAUAGCCAAGACAGUAGCGAAAGUGUUAAACCAAAUGCAAUUUAUGAGAUUGUACAAGCUGUCCGCAGAGAGACACAACUGAGCCAUGACAUGUCGAGGGUGGCUGUGGAAACAGUCCUUAUAUCACUUAAGGAGUUUCUGCCUGGUGGUGCUGCGAGAUCUAUAAUAGACGCUCUUUUACGUGAAGCCAACAGUAAUAUUACGUGUCCAAAGAAUGCUAUUAAUGCAGCUCCAGAUGCAUUGAGAAUGAUGACAGCGUUAAACUCUCUCUCUAAAGCCGCAAAUGAUGCACAGCAAAGGGGCUGGGCUCUGCAUGAUGAUGCUCAUGACAUACAAACGCAGUUACUGGAACUUAUCUCUGUUAUGUCGAAUGCAGACGUGAAUAUAUCGCAACAUGUACUUAGCAGCCAUAAAUAUGUCUAUGUCUCGACACUGGUAAAAUUCUAUCAGAUGGAAACACGCUGGCCACUCAGACAGCUUCUAUUGCAGGCAUUCGGAGUAAUGUGUGGCUUAGAGCGAACUGCGUUGGCAACACUGGCGCUCUCCCCACUUCCGCCGGAAAUAGCGCGUGACAUGCGCGACAAUCCGCGCGCGGUCAGCCGUCUCUCUCACUCUGCUUUAUUGUUGUCCAUGGUCUUGUCUAUGGGAGAUAAGUUGCCGAUCACUUAUUUCGAAAUACUUGGCGUUGAGUUUGCAAUUUUCCUGUUGGAGCUGAUAGAAAGUCCGCCAGAAACAGAUUUAGAUGAACAGAUUCCGGAUUUAUUCUUGACUCUGCUUCUAGCAUACAACUUGCAAUUCGAUAACCCCAUUGAUAACAUGCUAUUGAGCGCGUUGGAGAAAAUGGACAAUGCUAAGACUUUUUGUGAGAAAAUCCUGCUUCUUUUGAAUCGUGAAGAAGACCCAGUUCGUAUAUUCGACCACGAGCCGGCACCGAUGCAUUCCGUUCUCAAACUGAUGAUUGAUGUGUUCAGCUGCAAGAAGGCCGCCGAACACUUUUACACCAACGACGUCAAAGUGGCUAUCGAUAUUAUAGUCCGGCAAUUGGCUGAUCUUUCGCCGGGUGAUACGCGUCGGUCUCAAUACUUGAGGAUACUGCAAGGCAUCAUACGGAACACCGACUAUGGCGCCCACUUGCAUCGUCGUGACGACAUCUUGCGCUGCUUCGCUCGCAUCUUCUGCGAAGAAGGUGACAACAGUCGGGACGACCAGGCGAUGGUGCGGGCUAUCUCCAACGAAUUCCCACAGUUCUUCAAGGCCUAACUUCUAUCUACUCUGGACCUACCUACUCGUAUCGUCAUUAAUAAGUAUAAUCUGGACGUGUUUUUGUCUUAACAGGUAUAUAGCCUUAGAUCGUCUAUACAUCUAGAUAGACUGUGACAGCUGCGAAAACGUCGAAAACAAUUGAGGUUGACAGUUAAUACCUAUUUUCAGAAAUUCUCGCACACUUACACAAAGUGACCCACAAAUCUCGAGUGUAAGACGUGGCUUGUCGCGCAUACCUGGCCUGUUGUUAUCGGUUGUCUAGCAGUAAGAGGCUCUGUCUACACGUAUAAAUUAUCUAAGUAUAUAGCAAAGAGUAGAAUCUCGCAUAUAAGGUCAAAUUAAUUCGUAAAAUAUUUUCAUUGUCUAGUUCACUAUGUCACCGAGGUUUUCGGCCUAUAUCUGAUCGGCCCAUAAAUUAUAUUCUACGUUUAAAUGAAUUAUAUAUAGACUAUAUGUAAUUUAAGUAUAAUUCGUCUCAAAAGGCUUAUUAAAUGCACAAACUUCUUUUGUUAUAAAGGCAUUUAUGAAGUUGUGAUAUCUGUGGCAUUUUUGAAACGGUCUUCGUUAAUUUGAAUGUGGUGAGAAUCUUCUAUUACCGUUUAUAUUUGUUUGCAAACUGUUUCUGAAACCGAUUUCAAUACAGACAUUAACAAAACAAAAAAAACCACUUUCCAAAACACCACAAAUGUCGUAUUAGGCAAUAAUGACUCAUGAGUGAGGUUUCUGAUAAAGCCAUGUUGUAGUUUUAAAUUGCUUAAUACUCUGCGUAUUUUAAAGUUAUGAAAUUGUAUCCUUGCAUCAGUUGUGACCUACGAUGAAAUAAAAUAUUGUAAUUCCAUUUCUCCCAUUGGUAAUCACUAGAGACCGGAUUAUAUGCUACAAAAAAUGCCCAAAGUAUACAUGCAAAUAUGCAAGUAAAAUAACUAAAAUAUGUACGAAAAUCCAUAAAAAAGGCCAAAAUAUGCAUACAAUUAAACAGGGAAAAAUAAAAAGUCAUAUUUAAAAAAAAAAAAAAAAUUAUAAUGGCUUGUUGUACUGGCAAUCGUAUUUGUGAAAAACACUAUUACAAGAUUUACCUACUUAGGUAACAAUGAAAUUUAAUAUUUACCGUUAAAAAUAUGUACUUACUACUAAUUAGUACUGUUCUAAAUGUUCUGUAGACAAAUUGUGUGUACAAUCGCUUAGUAAAUUUUUGUAAGCGGAAAAGGAACGUUCUACGUCUACUGAGGUUACUGGGCAGAAUUUAAAUUUGAGUGCAAUGUUUGGGCAUACUAUGAAAAGCAUCGAACGAUGAGCGAGAUUUUUUUUUCUAAGAUAUGCAACUACCGCUGAAAAGAUACUAUGCAAAAGCAUAUGCAUAUAAUCCGGUCUCUAGUAAUCUCUUACAUUAAUGUGAAUGCAAAGUUUUUCGCCCGCUUUCAUCAAUAUGCGCGAUAUAUAUAAUUUAUUCGGAAGGAUUUCUUCUAGUACUUAAAACAUUAUCUUGUAUAUAUUAAUUUGAUUUAUUAUUUAUUGAUUAAUGUCUUUGACACACCUUUUACGACUGCGAAGGGUUGACCCGCACGCCGUAGUAGUACUGCACUACGAACAUUCGUUAACAUUACGCGAACGAAUUUUUCCGGGCUAGAACAUUCUAUAAACUUUAAAAACUUCGUGCCAUUAUUUGCACCAAAGAUAUUAAUGAGAUAUUGUCUACUAUAUUCGUUUAUAUAAAAUAAGUAGUUAUAAAAACCGCAAGGAUAUAAUUCUUGGCCUAAAUUUGUUGAUAUAAUCAUGUUUUAAAUUAUUACUUAUUCGAGUAGGUUUGCUAGUCUAAGAGACAGAAACAUACGAAAAUACUCUUGAUUAUUUUAUAAUAAUUAUACUUGUUGCUGUGUGAAUUGUUUCUACCGCAUCCUACACUAAGUUUAUAUAUAUAU